UAAAAAUAAUUCAAUAUAUAAAAAAACUGGGAGCACCAGAAGUAUUCAAAACCAUACCAAAAGUUCUUAAUUUUUGAGUAUUUUGCAAAUUUCAGCACCUACACAAUUCAUUUCAAUGUCUGAAAAAAGAGUUAAAACGACAUCAAAAUUGAUGAUGUUUGAAGAAGAAAAGGUUGACAGAAUUUCGAAACUACAUGAUGAAAUUCUCAUACACAUUCUCUCCUUUCUCCCCACUGAAGAUCUCCUUCCAACUUCCCUCAUUUCAAAGCGUUGGAGAUUCUUGUGGUGUUCAGUCCCAUCACUCAAUUUCCUCCAAACUAAAAAAAUUGGACAUUUAGAUGGCCAAGAAAUGUUCUACAAUUUUGUGGAUAAUUUCUUGGAAAACCGCAAGAGAGGUAUGGAUAAUGAUGAUCAUCAUGAUUCUGUCAUAACUAGCUUUAAACUUUACAUAGAUCAGUAUGACUGGGACAAUGCUCAUGCAUCUCACUUCAUAGAUAGAUGGUUAGGUUUGGUAGUUGAGAAUAAAGUCAAAGAAAUUCAUCUUGUGUUGUGGGAAGAAAAGUAUGAUCGUGAGAACGGUAUCAUGUACUACACUAGCUUACCUAAACCAUUACUCAAUGCAAAGUAUUUGACUAUUUUGAAUUUGGUUAGGGUGGAUUUGGAUUGUAGUUACACAUUUAGUUUUCCUUACUUGAAAUCUUUGAAAUUGUGUGUUGUUCGGUUUGCGGAAAAAGAUGUGUUGGAUAAUCUGUUGUUGGGUUCUCCUUCCCUUGAGAGAUUGGAGUUAAGUAAUUUAUGUAGUGAUUAUAAGCUUCACAUUCAUAGUGAUAGUUUAGCCUUGAAGUUCUUGGAAGUUGUAGUGAGUGACAAUAUAGUAGUGGAGUCAAUUGAAGUGGUAAAUCUUGAAUCUAUGAGACUAGUUGGUGUUCCCUUUGAGAAAAUAAAUCUAAUGGUAUGCAAGAGAAUUAGAACUUUGUGGUUAGGUUGUGAUUUUAAUAUGAAUGAGUUGUCAUCAUUAGAAUAUCUCAUUUCAAAUCUUCCUCUACUUGAGGAUUUGACUUUGAGCAAUGAUCAAUGCUUGGGAUUGAAGCGUAUUAAAAUUUCGAGUGAAAGUUUGAAAAGUUUCAGUGUAGAAAACUCUGGUGAUAAUACUGAAAUGAAUGUUGUAGUUGAAUCAGCUCCGAAACUAGAAUCGUUUCGUUAUAAAGGUAAACACAAAUUUAGUAUAACAAUGGAGUCAUCCAAUUCCUUGAAUGGAACAUUCAUAAUUCUUGCAUGGCCUUGGGAGAAAUUUGAUGGAGAUUGGUUUAUCAAUUUGUUGAAUCUUCUUUUGAAUCUCAAUUGUUGUUGGAAUAAGGUAACUCUGCAUGUUGACACACUUAAGGCUCUCAUCUUUCCAAAAAAUUUGAGGAGGGCAUGUCGUUCUUCUUUGCUUAAUUGGAAGCAUCUUACAGUUUUUGCUACACGAGUAGAGAAAGAAUCAGAAUUGAGAGAUGCUUUGUUGUGGAUGUCACCUUCUUUAAAAACAUUAUCUAUACUAAAACGUUCAUCUCUUGCAUGCUAUUGUUAUCCAAGAUUAUAGGUUGGAGUACUAGAUUAGUUCACUUUGUGUGGAAACUUUAAACUUCACAAGAAAUUUUAUGAAUUACUCUUGGAUAUUACAAACCUGGCUGCUUAGGUUUCUGUAUUGAUUUAUUUUCUCUUCUAUGCUUAUGUUGUUAUAAUGUUAUCUAAUCAUCAUUUACAAAUUUGAAGGCUAGAGGCCCUUUUUGCUUUGGCUAACCGAUAAAGGUUAAAAUAACAAAAGUAACAAAAGUUACACAAGAGAUGAGGGUUAUUUCUAUUCAAAAAAGUUCAUUGUCUAUUCUAAAAGCAUGCUUAGCUAAUUUGUGAACCUCAAAAUUAAAGUUGCGGCUGACAUGAGAGAGAGUUGCCCCAAGAAAGCUAGGCAAUCAAACUUUAAUAUCAGAAAAAAUAACCCCCAAUUCAUUCAUGUACACUGUUUGACCCUCCAAAGCUAAGACCAAAAAUAGUGA